UUGAAUGUCAAAUUAUUACAUUGCAAACACAAAUAACAAACAGAAAUAAAAGAAAAAGAGAAACAUGGGCUACACUGAGAAGCAGGAGAGUUUGGUGAAUACCUCAUGGGAAUCAUUCAAACAAAACCUUUCCGGCAAUAGUGUUUUGUUCUACACUAUUAUAUUAGAGAAAGCUCCUGCAGCAAAAGAUCUGUUCUCUUUUCUUAAGGGCACAGCUGGAGUACAAGAUAGUCCUAAACUCCAGGCUCAUGCUGAAAAAGUUUUUGGAUUGGUACGCGAUUCAGCUGGUCAACUCCGAGCAACAGGAACUGUAGUUUUGGGAGAUGCUACAUUGGGUGCUAUCCACAUUCAAAAAGGAGUUGUUGAUCCUCAUUUUGUGGUAGUUAAAGAAGCUUUGCUAAAAACGAUCAAGGAAUCAUCAGGAGACAAAUGGAGCGACGAAUUGAGCACCGCAUGGGAAGUAGCUUAUGAUGCAUUAGCAGCUGCAAUUAAGAAAGCAAUGAGUUAAACUUGGGAUGACCUAAUGUAAUGAAUAAACUUAAAUAAACAAUGUAUUACUAAAGCUUGUUAAACAAGUUUCUAUAAUAAACGUUGUUAAAAAUAAAUAUGUUAUAUGUGGUUA